UGGAAUGAAAUUACCCUUUUAUUUUAUUACUUCCAGUUUUAAGAUCGCGGAAUUCGGGGCGGGAAAGGUUAGAUAAUUCUAGGGCUUCAGUCUUCCCCCAAUCGCCAUUGAAGUUCAAACACUAUAAGCUGAUUGCAGGGGGAUAGGAUUCAGACUGUUGAAUAGAGUCAAUACGAUUGGAUAAAAUGUCUGGCAGGAAAGAGACCGUGCUGGAUUUGGCAAAAUUUGUUGACAAGGGUGUCCAGGUUAAGCUUACUGGUGGAAGACAAGUGACUGGUACUCUGAAAGGAUAUGAUCAACUAUUGAACCUUGUCUUGGAUGAAGCUGUUGAGUUCUUAAGAGAUCCAGAUGAUCCACUAAAGACCACAGAUCAGACUAGGAGCCUUGGUUUAAUAGUUUGUCGAGGAACUGCUGUGAUGCUGGUUUCACCUACUGAUGGUACUGAUGAGAUUGCAAAUCCUUUCCUUCAGUCAGAUGGAGCUUAGAAAACGCGAUAGAAUGGGUAAAAUUCAAACUUAUGUGGUUUUACUAUAAAGGUUUUAUGACUAUUCUUAUUGAGAUUGUGUGCAUUUUGGUUAGUCUGUUAAGGGUUUGCUAGUUCAAAUGGUUGACUUAUUUAAAACAUGAAUUUAAUGUUGUUGCAGAUUCAUUUCAGG